UCUAAAUUGUGAACAAUUUUUCUCAGGAUUAAACUAAAAAAUCUUAGUAUUUUAAAGCUUUCCCAGUGUAUUCUCGUACCUAGUUUUCUUCAAAAUCAUGAAGCUGACGAAGAAAAUGCCGAAGAACGGCGAUGUUGCUCGGAGAGCAUGGGGUCUGCUGCGUCUAGCUUUGUUAUGGGCACGGAAAGGCGGAGUUUUCAAGCGGCGUCUGAUGAUGGAGCUCCGAUUAGUGCCCAAGUUUCUAAAGGGCCUCGGUCAUUCAACGUCGGUCCAUACUCGCGGUGGUGACCGACAACUCCGUUACAAGGAACGCCAGUUCUCUUUCGACGAGACGCCCAUUAUCGACGUCAAGGCCGUGCACCGCUCCGCUUCGAUGCGGUUCCUCCUCCCUUGCAUUAGCGCCGAGGCCGUAGACUUUGACCGAUUCGACGAUCUGGGUAUAGAUGACUACGAUGAAGGGGUUUACAGGUGUGAUAGUCGAAGCACCAAGAGUUGUUCGACCGCUUCGACGAGCUCUGAUAUUGUUGAAGACGAAGAAGAAAAAGAUGAAGAUGAAGAGUGGGGAUAUGAAGGUUGCGAUGAGAAAAGUCCGUUUCCCUACAUAUUUCCGGUGGAGGAAGAAGGGAUCGAUUCGAAGGCGGAGAGGUUUAUAGCUAAGUUUUACGAGCAAAUGAAGUUACAAAGUCGACAGAUUUCUGAUUUGGAAGAUAAUGAAAUGCUUAGGAGAGGAGCAACUUAUUAAAUCCUUUUUGACUUCAUAAUGUUCUUCACUUCCUUUUUUGGCAAGAGAUCCCACACACAGUGCUGAGGCUUUUGUUAUUUUUGUAGAUAACGAGGAUCCGAGUGUUUAUAAUUUUAUGAUGAGGGUCUUAC